AUGCAGAAUGCGACCCGCUCUCAUAUCCCAUUCUGUUUCCUCGUGGAGAGCUUGGAUGGCGUCGCGGAAUGCCAAAGAAUCCCUCCGCAAGACUUCGAACAACAAUUAGUCAGAAGGAGUAUUAUUCGCAUGAUAGCCGCCAGAGCCGGCUUCAAUCCUUUGCACUUCGCCGAGAAAUUGUUUCAGCAAUUUUUGGUGGACAGCUACGUAAAAAUUGAACAGAACCGUUUGAAUUAUGACCGCACACAUCAAACAGAGCUCCGAGUGGACACUUAUCGUGGACUCGCCGACUAUGUUGCAGGAGACAUGGACAUCGCCGGACCACCGGGCAUUAGAAGGAUCAUUCUGCCUUCUUCGUUUCCAGGCUCUCCUCGAGCUAUGGUGCAAAAUUAUCAGGAUGCCAUGGCGAUUGUGUCCAGGUAUGGGAAGCCGGAUCUUUUCAUCACUUUCACUUGCAAUCCUGCAUGGAAGGAGAUCGCUGAGCAACUCAAAGCAGGACAAACACCAUCUGACCGGCCGGACAUUGUAGCUCGCGUUUUCCACAUCAAAUUGGGAGAGCUGUUUGACGACCUCUUCAAGCGACAAAUCCUCGGCAAGGUGAUCGCGCACAUAAGUGUGAUGGAGUGGCAGAAGCGAGGUCUUCCCCACUGUCACAUAUUGCUUACGUUAGCUGAAGAAGAUAAGCCCAGAAGCGUGGCUGAAGUGGAUUCAAUUGUGCAAGCUGUUAUUCCAGAUCCAGAAACAGAAAUUCGGCUUCACCGUAUCGUGACGACUUCAAUGAUGCAUAGGCCCUGCGGUUCGGAUAAUCCGAGCGCACCAUGCAUGGUAGAUGGCCAAUGUUCGAAACGUUUCCCUAAGCAGUUUAGGGAAACCACAAAUAUGGAAGUGGACGGGUAUCCAGAAUACCGACGACCAAAUAAUGGAAGGACGAUCGUUUCUGGCAGCACAACGCUCGAUAAUAGAUCUGUGGUUCCAUAUAAUAAGUAUCUGGCACUUCGCUAUAAUGGCCACCUCAAUGUUGAGAUUUGUGGUAUGAUACAAGCAGUGAAGUACAUGUACAAAUAUGUGUACAAAGGACCAGAUAGAGCAGCUUUACAUCUGAUAAGAGCAGCAGACAGGGCCGAAGAAGGACCAGUUAAUGAGAUCGACGCAUUUGUCAAUGCACGUUACGUGUGUGCGCCGGAGUCUGCACAUAGAAUACUAGGAUUCGACCUGCAGUCAAAAUCAGACACUGUCUACAGAUUACAAGUUCAUCUGCCAGGACACGAGAUUGUUCCCUUCGAAAGCGGUAGAGAGCAGGAAGCUCUCCGUCAAGCCACCGAACGAGAUACGACUCUUACAGCGUAUUUCAAGUUGAACGCGGAGCACGAGAGAUUAUAUGGAGCAGGGGCUCCACCACAAGGCCGAACCGAUGCUCGAACACUACUUUACGUCCAGCUGCCAGAGUAUUUUACAUUCAAUAAACGUACGAGAAGGUGGGACACAAGAAGGAGGCAGGACCGUCAGAUAGGAAGAAUGUAUACAGCAAACCCACUGGACGCAGAACGAUACUCCCUGAGGCUCCUUCUUCUCAGCAGGAAAGGAGCCAAAUCAUUCGACGAUAUCAGGACUGUGGAUGGACACCUCCAUGCCACUUUCAAGGAAGCAGCAAAAGCGCUCGGACUAAUGCAUGAUGAUUCGCACUACGAAAGCUGUCUAAGGGAAGCGGCAGAGUUUCAAAUGCCGCAAGAGCUCCGGUCCCUAUUCAGUAGUCUUCUAUGCUUCUGUGAUGUCACUGAUCCAGAGCACCUGUGGGAACGCUUUAGAGCAGCGAUGGCCGAAGAUUAUGUAAAUCGUGGCAUAAGCGAAGAAGAGGCUGUAAUUAGGGCGUACUUCGAUAUCAUGGAUAGAAUGCGGAUCUGUGGAGUAGAUUUGAGGAACAUCAUCACUCCACCGGCUGAUCACAGACCAGAACGCACUGACGAAGAGCACCUGUCAGCAGUGGAACACUCUGUGCUAGGAAGGGAAUUGUUGGACAAGUUAAAUACCCAUCAACGAUCUGCAGCAGAUGACAUUUUGAGUACUGUACACGCGGGAAACACACAAAGGCAUUUCUUCAUUGAUGGCCCAGGAGGAACUGGAAAGACAUUCCUGUACACAACUUUAUACCACGCUCUUCUGGGGGAAGGCAUAAAGGUUGUCUGUGUUGCCUGGACAGGCAUUGCCGCAAAUCUGCUACCUGACGGAAGGACAGCAAGCAGCUUCUUCAAGUUGAAUAUUCACGAUGGCGGCAGGACAACUAACAUGAGGAGAGAAUCUGCAGAGGCACAGGCUCUCCGAGAUAUUUCUGUUAUUUUCUGGGACGAAAUCUCUAUGGUGCCCAAAUGGACAAUGGAGGCUGUAGACCUUCUGCUGAAAGACCUGAUGCAGAAUGAGCUGCCGUUUGGAGGUAAAAUCAUGAUUGCUGGAGGUGAUUUUCGGCAAGUUCUCCCAGUUGUGGAAAAAGGACGACAAGAAGAUUUGGAAAGUGCAUGCGUCAAGAAUUCACCUUUGUGGCGACACUUUCUCACCUACCGCCUCUCUGUCAAUAUGAGAACUACACCGGAUAACACGGAGUGGGCACGGAUGUUACUUCAGAUUGGAGAAGGGAACUAUCCAGAAGACGAGGACGGUUUCAUCUUUUUUAAUGAGCUGUUUUUUCAUCGUAUACUCUGCUUUCAAAGGCGAUGUUAUUUACAGUUACGAUGA